AUGGCUCUUGAAGAUAUUGUGCACUUGGAAGUCUUGGGAAUGUUAGAGGAAGCUGAAAUUAGAGGUGUAGGUAAUCGGCCUAGGCAAUAUUAUAAUGCCCAAAAUGUUAUGGAAGAAUUAUCUGACCACCAGUUUCUAAAAAAAUUUAGACUCAGUAAGGCUUUGGUUCAGGAGUUAAAAGAUGUAUUAACACCGUACAUGAUUGAACCAAAUAGAUUAUCUUCAAUCCCAAUUAAGAUAAAAGUUUUGACAGCUUUGCGGUUGUUUGCUAGUGGUUCGUAUCAACUUGAUAUAGGUGAUAAUAGAUCAUCAGCAUUAAGUCAGCCAUCUGUGAGCAGAUGUAUCGCUGAAGUGUCUAAUGCACUGAAUCAACCAGAUAUCAUUAAACGUUAUAUAAGCUUUCCCGAUAGUUUUGAAAAAUUAAAUGCAGUACGUAGAGGAUUUCUUGAUAAAAAGGGAGUGCCAGGAGUCAUAGGGACUAUAGACUGUACCCAUAUUGCCAUAUUUCCACCUCCUUCAGAAGGAUUAUACCCUGAACACAUUUAUGUGAAUCGCAAGGGUUACCACAGCAUUAAUACACAAUUAAUUUGUGACUCCGAUGCAAGAAUAAUGAAUGUUAAUGCUAAAUAUCCUGGUAGCACUAAUGAUUCAUUUAUAUGGCGGCAAAGUAUGAUAUCCACUUACAUGGAAAACUUGCAUGACAAUGGACAUACUUCAUAUUUUUUAUUAGGUGAUUCAGGAUACCCACUUAGACCUUGGCUCCUAACACCAUUAAGUGAUCCUAUUCCGGAUACACCUGAUUCCUUGUUUAAUAAGUGGUUGACUAGUACACGGUCGACCAUUGAAAGAUGUAAUGGGAUCUUAAAAAUGAGAUUUAGAUGUUUAUUAAAACACAGAGUUUUGCACUAUAAUCCAGAACGAGCUUCAAAAAUCAUAGUGUCAUGUUGUAUUCUUCAUAAUAUCUGUAUCAAUGCAAACUUGCCCGUUCCUGAGAGAGAACCAGAUGAUCCUCUAGACAUUGAUUUUGGUAUAUAUGGUGUCCUUGUUCCUGAAUUAAAUCCUACAGUUAAUCCUCAACUUGCUGCAGGUCGAAGAGUACAACAACUUUUGAUUAGAUCAUAUUUUACUUGA